CCAAUACCGGCUACAGCAACCAAGCAACUCUUGCCAACGACAACCUCUUCCACAAGAAGAAGAGCGGGCAAAACAUGAUGGCACACACAUCCACCGCAUCCAUGCUGCACUUCCUGAUGAUCGUGCUCGCCACGGCCCUCACUGCGGCCUCACCGGUCACGGCACAACAGAACGGCACAGCGGUCCCUGCCGCGUACCGCAUCCAAAUCGGCUGCGUCCUCUCCCCACUUCACCCAGGUGGGUUCCAUGUGUUUGUGCGUGGCUGUGCGCGUGCAAAGGUCAACCAAGCAACUCUUGCCAACGACAACCUCUUCCACAAGAAGAAGAGCGGGCAAAACAUGAUGGCACACACAUCCACCGCAUCCAUGCUGCACUUCCUGAUGAUCGUGCUCGCCACGGCCCUCACUGCGGCCUCACCGGUCACGGCACAACAGAACGGCACAGCGGUCCCUGCCGCGUACCGCAUCCAAAUCGGCUGCGUCCUCUCCCCACUUCACCCAGAGGCAUGUGAUGCCUACGAGAACUUCCUGAACGCUGUUAUCCCCGGCCUCUUUGCCUUUCACCGCAUGUCGGAACUGGAGCUGCUGGAUCAGGUCGACACCCUGGAGUAUGCACUCGUCGACACCAAGACCAUGUCUUGCCUCGACGUCGAACAAGGAUUCGCCCCUCUCAACGGCUUUGGCCUCCCUCCCGCUGGCGACUCAGGAGACGAGGUCAAGUUUGUGGACACCGUUGGCGGUGUGAUGUUCACCACGCGCGACUCCCGUAUUGUCUCACUGUCUGACCUCAAGGACCAGGUCAUCGCCGGCACCACCAUCACGGACUUUGCGAGCACGCACGCCAACUUUGCCAAGUACCGCAGCAAGAUUGGCACUGACCUCAUCGACGACGCAGCCGAGAUCCAGUUCCAGGGCACACACGAGCGUGUGCUUGAUGCCGUGCUGUCUGGCGAUGCUGCUGCCGGCAUGGAGAACUUUGGCGUGAUUGAGCGCGAUCUUGUGCGCACGACAGAGACCCGCUGCGUUCGCAAGGCGUCCCACGUCGUCGUUCCGGAGAACAGCGAGGGUGCAGCACCCGCCGUUGCGAUGGAUGUUGGCGAAGCACACGCUGAGCAAAUCGACGAACCUGGCGCCGUCGUGUUGGCCGCUUCAGGUGGUGACGCGGGUUCCAACGCGCACACCAGCGAGCUUGUGGCCUCUCAGGUCAUCUGCCCAAACACGCACUUCAUCUACAACCACGUCGUGCUCGCCACCCGCUGUGCCGGCCGCUCGUGCCCCGAUCAAGCCCGCUGCCUUUGCCGCCCAUGCCAGAAGUCCCCGCCUGUGCUGGCACACGUUUCUCCGGUGCAGGUGACGGAGCAGUUCUUCCAACAGGACACCGCCGUGGCAGCCCGGGAUCCUCUUCUGGGCAGAAGCAGAGGGCACGUCAGCACUGAAGCCAUGCCGCUGCUCACUAUCCCAAACCUGGCGGCAUUCGACACCACGGGCACCCGCUACGGCACUGGCGUUGUUGAGAUCUAUGUUGCUGACCGCAACACGGAGAUCACCGAGUGGCAGCCCAUUGAUGGAAGCCCCUUCCUGCUUCAGGUCUCGCCACGCGACUGCCCAGAUGGAAUGGAGCCCACGCAGGACAACAAGUGCGAAUGCCCCGUGGGUACGCUGGAAGUCAAUGGCGGGUGCAUGCAGGCAAAGGAGUAUUUGCCCAUCUUCAUCGGCAGUGCCCUGGCUGUGAUUGGCAUCGGCGUGUACAUUGCCAUUGCGCUGGUGCGGCGAGGCGCAGACAAGCUGUGGCAGAUUGACGCGGCAGACGUUGUUGUGAGCGACCCGCCCGAGGUGCUCGGAAUGGGCGCGUUUGGUGUUGUGAUCAAGGGGGAGCUGAACGGCACCGCCAUCGCCAUCAAGCGCGUCAUGCCACGAUCAUCCAAGAAGACGACAGACACAAACGGGCGCAGCACUCGCACGAGGGGCAGGAUCGCCAGCAGCAAGCGCAGUGCCAAGGGUGCCAGCACCGUUGACAGCAGCAACGUCGACGUGUACUCGAUGAACGCGACCAGCACCAUCCAAGCAUCCAAGACAACCAAUGGCUUUGGCAUGGAGUUUGGCAACGUCGACAAUGAGGCAGCGAUUGAGCGGGCGCUGGAGUGGCAGGAUGCGGAAGCAAACAAGGCAACAACAGCCCGCACCGGCCACAGCAAGGAGAUCUCCAACGCCAAGUCUGAGUUCAUGGCGGAGAUUCGCCUGUUGUCGCGCCUGCGUCACCCGUGCGUCGCCACCAUGCUCGGCGCCAUCGUCACAAAGUCAAGCGAAGUUCUCCUCGUCAUGGAAUACCUCGAGCACGGGUCGCUGUAUGACUUCCUGCGCAACGACAAGCUGCCGACACCAGACAUGUUCCUGCUGCCCAUUGUCAAGGACAUUGUGUCUGGCAUGCGCUACAUCCACAACCUCAAGCCACCGGUUGUGCACGGCGACCUGAAGACGAAGAAUGUGCUUGUGGAUGGCAACUUCAAGGCCAAGGUUGCUGAUUUCGGGCUGUCGCAAAAGCAACGCUUUGGCUGUGGCACACCAAUGUGGAUGGCGCCAGAGGUGCUGCGCGGAGGAGAGGUGACACGGGAGGCGGACGUGUACAGCUUCGCCAUCACGGUGUACGAGAUCUACAGCCGGCAGGACCCGUUCCCAGAUGAGGACGCGUCGGAGGUGCUCCGCCAGAUCGCCGCGCGCCAGGUGCCGGCAAAGCGACCCGACAUCCCAGACUCGUGCCCCGUCAUGCUGGCUGAGCUUGCGCGGCGGUGCUGGUCCGAGGAGCCCAAGUUCCGGCCAACGUUCGACCAGGUGGACGCGCAGCUGGGCGAGCUGAACAUCAGCAAGGUGGGCGCAAGCCUCAUUCAGCAGAAGCAGGACGCACUCAACAAGGCCACGGUGCUCAACGACGUGUUCCCAGAGCACAUUGCCAAGAUGCUGGAGGAGGGCAAGAAGGUGCACCCGGAGCACAAGGACGACGUGACCAUCUUCUUCUCCGACAUUGUGGGCUUCACCAACAUCAGUGCGCAGCUGACGCCGGCGGCGGUGUCGGACAUGCUCGACCGGCUGUACUGCAUCUUUGACGAGCUGACGGAGAAGCACGGCGUGUUCAAGGUGGAGACCAUUGGCGACGCGUACAUGGCGGCAACAAACCUUGUUGAGCCGCAGCACGACCACGCGCUCCGCAUUGCGCAGUUUGCGGAGGACGCCAUCAAGGCGGCGCAGUCGACGUUCAUUGACCCUGAGCGGCCGGAGCUCGGGUGUGUGAACAUCCGCGUUGGGUUCCACUGCGGCCCUGUCGUGGCCAACGUUGUUGGGCGGCGCAACCCGCGGUACUGCCUGUUUGGGGACACGGUGAACACGGCGUCGCGCAUGGAGAGCUCGAGCGAGCGCAACAAGAUCCACGUGUCGACGUCUGCGGGGGACCGCGUGCGGAGCCAGGCGCCAUGGGUGAAGCUUGAGUCGCGCGGGGUGCAGAACAUCAAGGGCAAGGGCGAGAUGCUGACAUACUGGCUGGUGAGCACGAAGAAGCCUGAUCAGACGGGGCGUGUUGCCAUUGCGGAGAACGAGGCCACCGUCAUUGACAUGGGCGAGGGUGACGAUGCAAGCAGCUGCGACAUCGAUGAUGGCGAUUGUCACGAUCAAGAGCACAGCGGUGAUGACGCCGACGGCCACAGGAACAGCGCGCAGCCGAAGGACAGCAUUGGGGGCGGGUUUGUGUUCAAGAAGAAGCGUGCGUCGUCCAUUGGGCGGCAGUCGGCAGGAACGCACGAGAGCCGAGCAUCGGCGCGCGUGUCCCUGAGCUCCGUGUCGUGGCUCAAUGAUGCAAAGGAGUUUGAGGCCCUGUCACGUGACAGCUUUGGCAGCCGUCGCAUCUCCACCACCCCACGCAACCCAGCACCACCACCACCGUCGUCGUCGUCGCCAUUGUCGGCAAUGCCCGCACCCCCUGGUGAUGACCACAAUGACCAUGAUGGUGACGCGUCGCGGCCGAAGAAGAAGCGCUCGUCGUACUACGCGCUGGCGGCGGUGGAUGCAGAGGCCUCGCCCAACAACCGCAGAUACAGCGCCAUCAUGGAGGGCAGCGAUGACGAUGAGGUGGACGAGGGGACGGGAACGCGAGGUGAUGGAAACAGCGUCACCAUCUCCAUCCAAGAAUCAGAAAGCGUUGAAGUGUAAUGUGUGUGUGUGUGUGUGUGUGAUGUGUGUGGUUGUGUGUGUGUGUGUGAUGUGGUUGUGUGCUGUGUGUG